AUGCCCGAAGCCGUGUCCACCCCCGCCAACCCGGCACCAUCGACUACCGACGUGGGUCCGGUGGUGGUGCCGGAUCUAGAUUCCUUCCCGCCGACCGGCGUGCCGAAGCACAGCAAGCUGGGUUCGUGGGACUUCUACCGCUCCAUUGGCUCGCCCCAGCGUGUGGUGGCGCCCAUGGUGGACCAGUCGGAGCUGGCAUGGCGUGUGCUGAGCCGUCGCUACGGCGCCGACCUCGUCUACACGCCCAUGAUCAACGCCAAGCUGUUCGUGGACGAAAACAGCAAGAAGAAGAAGGUCAAGUACCAGGAGGUCAACUUCAACCGCGAGUUCGGUGAAGAAGGUGCUUCGUCGAUCUCGUCUCUUCUCUCCGAAGAGGGAGCAUCGAGCGACACGGAUCGGCCGCUGUUUGUGCAGUUCUGCUCCAACGAUCCGGCGACGCUGCUCAAGGCGGCCGAGGUGGUGCAGGACCGAUGCGACGCCGUGGACCUUAACCUGGGCUGUCCACAGCACAUUGCGCGGCGCGGCCACUACGGGUCGUACCUAAUGGAGGACUGGCAGCUGAUCUUUGCGCUCAUCAACAUCCUGCAUCUCAACCUGCGCAUUCCGGUCACCGCCAAGAUGCGCGUGUACGAGACGGUGGACAAGACAGUCGCGUACGCCCGGAUGCUCGAGCGCGCCGGCGCGCAGAUCAUCACCGUACACGGCAGGACGCGCAGCAUGAAGGGUCACCACACCGGCCUAGCGGACUGGGCCAAGAUCAAGGCAGUUAAAGAGGCGGUGCGUGUGCCGGUCUUUGCGAACGGCAACGUGCUGUAUCCUCAGGACUGGCAGGAUGCACUGCAGCAGACCACGGCGGAUGGGGUGAUGAGUGCCGAGGGAAACCUGUACAACCCUGCCGUGUUCAUGCCCUCGCUUCCACGUGCGCCGAGUGCGAUGUUUCCCAACGCGCCCGAGUUGCCGUUUCCCUCGCUGGCGCGAAUGGCACACGAGUAUCUGGACAUUGUCACGCAGCUGCGCACGCCGACGUCGAGCAGCGCGAUCAAGGCGCACCUCUUCCGUCUCUGUCGACCUGGCCUCGAGGUGCACCGAGACCUGCGCGAGGCGCUGGGCAAGUCGCGCUUCGAUCACACCGCGACGGGCGAGGCGCGCAUCGCAACCUACCGCGCCUUUGUCACCGAGCUCGAACGACGUCUAGACCUGGACCGCGUCGAGGACAAGUGGAAUAAGCCACAGGAUCCACCAUUGCCUGGGUCGGUGUCGUUCUUGACGCCGCCCGAUCCGAGCAAGCCAGACGAGCACCGUCCGGCAUUCAUCCCGCACUGGCUCGCCCAGCCCUACUUCCGCCCACCGCUGGUGACCGAUGAGCAACAGGACGAUCAUGCGAAAAAGGCGCGCAGGGAGAGGGUGGCCGAAACAGCCCAGGGCAAAGUCAGGGCCGAAGCCAAAGCGGCUCGGCAUCGGAGCGAGAGUGCAGAGCCUGUGCAGGGCGACGAGAAGCGUCUGCGCACCACGCUCCCCGACGACACGGCAUCACUGCCACCCACUGCAGCACUGUAG